AUGGACUCGUCCGAAUUCCGCGCCGCCGCCCAAGAGGUCGUGGAAGACAUCACCAACUACUAUGAUACCAUCGCCUCCCAGCCCAAGGUUCUCCCCUCCGUAACGCCGGGCUACCUUCGCCCCCUCCUUCCGGCCUCGGCCCCGGAGGACCCGGAGCCUUGGCAGGCCAUCCACGCCGACCUCCAGUCGCACAUCGUUCCGGGCAUCACCCACUGGCAGUCCCCCUCCUUCCACGCCUUCUUCCCCUGCUCCUCCUCCUACCCCGCCAUGCUCGCCGAGCUCUACUCCAACGCCUUCAACGGCGCCCACUUCAAUUGGAUCUGCUCCCCGGCCGUCACUGAGCUCGAGACCAUCGUCCUCGACUGGCUCGCGCGCCUCCUCGCCCUGCCCGAAUGCUACCUCUCCACCGCCCCGACCCGCGGCGGCGGCGUCCUCCACGGCUCCGCCUCCGAGGCUAUCCUCACCGUCAUGGUUGCCGCCCGCGACAAGUUCCUUCGCGACGCCACCGCUCACCUCCCUGCCGACUCGGACGAGAAGGAGGAGGAGACUUGGCGCCUACGCUCCAAGCUCGUCGCCCUCGGCAGCGAGGCCGCUCACUCGUCCACCAAGAAGGCCGCGCAGAUCCUCGGCGUCCGCUUCGCCACCGUCCCGGCCCCCGCCGAGGCGGGCUACGCCAUGUCCGGCACUGCCCUCGCCUCCGCCGUCGCCGCCCUCCGCGCCAAGGGGCUCGAGCCAUUCUAUCUCACCGCGACCCUGGGGACGACCGACACCUGCGCCGUCGACGACUUCCCCGGCAUCCGCGAUGCGCUAUCACCCGACGAGCGGGACCGGAUCUGGGUCCAUGUGGACGCAGCAUACGCCGGUUCGGCGCUCAUACUUCCCGAGAACGCGCACCUCGCCGCCCCGUUCGCCGCCUUCCACUCCUUCAACUUCAACCCGCACAAGUGGAUGCUCACCAACUUCGACUGCUCGGCCCUCUGGGUGCGGGACCGCGCCUGGCUGGUCGAGUCGCUGAGCAUCAAGCCGGCCUACCUGCGCAACCAUUUCUCCGAGGCCGGCCUGGUGACCGACUACCGCGACUGGCAGAUUCCCCUCGGCAGGCGCUUCCGGAGCCUGAAGCUCUGGUUCGUCCUGCGGGCGUACGGCGCCAACGGGAUCCGGGCGCACCUCCGGCGCGGCAUCGAUCUCGGGGAAAGGUUUGCGGAGAUGGUCAGGUCGAGAAACGAUCUCUUCGAGAUCAUCACGGGGCCGAGGUUCGCGCUGGUGGUCUUUGCCUGUAAGGGGCCAAGCCGGGAGGAGAGCAACAAGGUGACGGAGGCGGUGUUGGAGGGCGUGAAUGGCGAGGGGGUAAUUUACCUAACGCCGACGACGUUGCAUGGGACCUAUGGCAUCCGCAUGUGCACGGGAAGUAGCCAGAUCAUCGAGGAGGAGCAUGUUAAGAAGGCGUUUGAUAUAUUGGUUGCGGCGACUGAGAAGACUCUGGCCCAGCAGAAGUAA